ACUUUAUUGAUUGGAUUAAAGCCGUUCGUUUCUCGUGACCAGACAUAUUUAUCUACAUUAUUAACAUUUAAACACACUUUGUUGACACUAUAAGGUUUCACUCUGGAGAACACAGGCUCUGAACGUCCUACAACUCUGCUCGUGUUAAGAACUACAUUUCCCAAGAUUCAAACCAGCUCUGACGUCACAUCGCACCCAUGAUGCGGAAGCGGAUGUUAGUUAUUUCUUCGCCCCAAAGCCAUUUUCGACUUCAAACUUGCGUUUUGUGACCAACUGCUUACUGAUUCGUGUUCCUAGCAGAGAAAAUCAUGAAUUUGGAGCGCGUUUCCAACGAGGAGAAGCUGAAUCUUUGCCGGAAAUAUUAUUUGGGUGGCUUUGCCUUCCUCCCUUUCCUCUGGCUGGUGAACGUUGUGUGGUUUUUUAAAGAGGCCUUUGUAAAACCCGCCUACCCAGAACAACCACAGAUCAAAAUCUAUGUGAAACGGUCAGCGCUGGGGUUAUUGCUGUGGGUGGCUGUGCUCACGACGUGGAUCACCAUUUUCCAGCAUUUCCGAGCACAGUGGGGCGAGGUAGCUGAUUACCUCUCCUUCACCAUUCCUCUUGGCACGCCAUAAAGAGACACUGCGCGCACGUUAUUUCCUUCCGGAGGGCUUCUGGAUUUUUUUUUUUUUUAAACAUUGUGAUAAACAUAUGUCAUUGUAUUAUUUUUGACUUGUUGUGAAAGUGAAAGAAUGAAAGUGAGUCUGAGCAAGGUGAUGAGAAAUGAGUGACAAACACCAGUUGUACACACUCUCCUCAUUUACAUAGAUGAUCAUAAUCUUCUAAUCUUCUAAUCCUAACAACAGGACUGACAUACCAGACUCUCUAAUAUCCACAAAUGAAGCGUCUCUGAUGUGUAACUCUUUACUGGCGCCUAUUAUGAAACCCAAUCUCAUGUUCGGGCAAAUUCUAAGCCCCCUUGCUGCCGGGGUCUCACUGGGUGCUGUUUUUAGUAGCUUGUAGUCAGAGUGUCGAUGGCAGAUAAAAUAUGUUUCCCAGCAUCAUGACUUGGCAUCCUUACGAAUAAAAAAAGAUUGAUGAGUUCUGCAGUUAGGCAUCCGAACUACGUUUUCCAAAAUAUGACUGGCAAGUAAUCAUUACGUGACAGCUCACGGUGUUCCUGUUCGUGAACAGAGUCAGGACAGAUUAUAUUUGGGAUACUCUUAAUGUUGAAAGUAUGAUGUGAUAAUGUCAAUGUAUUUACUUUCGUUCCUUUCUCAGAAUUCUGGCCAAACCUGAUUCGAAUCCUUGAAAUCUGUUUGAUUUAAAGUUUUGUUUACUGGCCAUGGCUGUGAAAGCCGCUGUUAUUCAUUAAAAUGAUCAUCUUGUGUCGCUAUAAAAACAAUAUAGCUGAGUUUCCGAUCACACAGCUGUGAUGUUAUGAGACCGGAAUAAAUUCUUGUUCUAACCAAGUCUAUUUGUUAUUAAAAAAAAAAAUACAACCAGGUUUGCAGACACAGGUUAGGUAAUAUUACUCCAACAUUGAUGUUCCUCUAACCACUACAAGAAGUUCAAAUAUGCUUUCAAAUGUCAUAGCUUGUGUUGCUUCUAGAUUCCUUUACAUCAUAUGGUUUUACUGGCCCAGAAAGAUAUCCCUAACUUUAGGCAAUGUUCCAGUAAUUACACAACCAGCACCAAGUAGCGGAAAGUUACAGAUCCAGAAAUCUGUGCUCUGUCAGGAAUCUUGGGUGGUUUCAGGUAUCACGGAAGACCUAAAGAGGUAGAACGGAUAGGGACUUUUUCUGGGCACGUGUUUGUCCGUGUUGGAGGUUAUGUACUUGUGGAACAGUCACACCGAGCUGUUACCAACGCUUUUAACUUAUUUAUAGUCCAGAGCGGGAAAGUGGCCUGUUGUCACUCUCCACAGAUGUGCAAUCAACUCUAAGCCAAAAUAAUUCCUCCAUAAGUUAUGGAAAAGUCCAUAACUUUUAUUAUCUGAACCUGGUGUUCUCCCAGGAUCAAGUUUCCUUUCGUGUAGGAUUACGGUCAGGAUAAUAGACAGCACGAUACAUAAUGGCAAACUCUUUAGACAUUCAAUGUCAAAUUCACUGCACUAGAUUGACGCUCUAUACAUAUUAACUGAUGCCUUUUGGUAUAAUAACCAAAAACAGGCCCAUCAAGAAGGUAAUAACUUCUGAUGGCUGUCAGUUGGCCAUUUCACUGGGUGCAUCUACUGUACCUAUGUCCACUUUGUAUGUAUAUGUUACUGACAUUAGCCUGUCUGAUGCUAUUGUCCACCACCCAAAUAAUAUCAUGUAAUAUUAUAAUAAUAUAAUAUCAGUGAUGUUCUGUUUCCAGUGAUAUGGCCAUAGGUAUCUUAUUGGGUUAUUAAAUGAUGUUAUAAAACAAUCUUUAAUAAAUUACAUAUUGUUAUUGUUGCAAACUGAUGUGGUAUAAGAGGAAUAAAAUCCUUUAGCACAUGUUGUAAUAUAAUUUACUUGCGUAAAGGC